GUGCGAAUUUGCCGGCCAUCCUGCCUCCGUUUAUCGCCGAGCAAACAGCUACUCUCUGUGUGUGAAUUUUUCUCUCUCGUCCGAGGAAAACCCAAACUUACUUCGAUGGUGAACGCCGUGAAAGUCUUCAAGAAGACCGCUCCUAAUGGUAAAAUCACUGUCUAUCUCGGUCGUCGAGACUUCGUAGACAACACCUCCUCCACCGAGCCUGUUGAUGGCAUCGUAGUCUGCGAUAAUGAUUACCUACGAGGCCGCAAGGUCUACGCGACCGUCACGGUCACGUACCGUUUCGGUCGCGAAGAGGAUGAGGUCAUGGGCCUGCACUUCAGCAAGGAGAUGCAACUCGCCUCGCAGCAGAUCUACCCAAGCAGCGAGUCUCCCCAGUUAACUGCCGUCCAGGACCGCCUCCUGAAGAAGCUCGGCGCCAACGCCUACCCCUUCGCCGUGACUCUCCCCGCGAACGCUCCUUGCUCCGUCCAGCUCCACGCCGGAUCGGAGGAUGCGGUGAGAGCUCAUAUUCGUUUGGUAAAUAGGGCGUGGGUUUGGAAUGGCGCGAUGAAAUACGAGCGCGGUAAAAUGGGCUUCAG